GUAAGUCAGGCCUAUCUUGAGCACUGACUCCAGGAGAUGUGAACCGCUGCCCGUCUCUGUCUCACUCUCCCCAGAUCGAAGAUGGCGGUGUCCGUGUUCUCAGGCGUGCGCCUGCUCUCCAUCGGAGACGCCAACGGAGACAUACAGAGGCAUUCAGAGCAGCAGCCUCUGCGACUAGAAAUCAAAAUCAACCAGGACGUGGCUCUCAUUAGCCUCUCGAACAAUGAAGAGACGUGUGUCUUUAAGUGUUCAGUAUCACGAGAGACAGAAUGCAGUCGGGUUGGGAAGCAGUCCUUCAUCAUUACUCUGGGCUGUAACAGUGUCCUCCUGCAGUUUGCAUCUCCAGCAGAUUUCUCGUCGUUCUAUAACCUCCUGAAGAACUGUCGUGGACAUGGGGGUGAACACUCGGUCUUCAGUGAGAGGACGGAGGAGUCCUCAGCUGUACAGUAUUUCCAGUUUUAUGGCUACCUCUCUCAGCAACAAAAUAUGAUGCAGGAUUAUGUGCGAACUGGAACAUAUCAACGGGCCAUCCUUCAGAAUCAUACUGACUUCAAAGAUAAAGUGGUUCUGGAUGUAGGUUGUGGCUCUGGGAUUCUGUCAUUUUUCGCAGCUCAGGCUGGUGCCCGUAAAGUUUAUGCUGUGGAGGCCAGUACCAUGGCUCAACAUGCAGAGGUUCUUGUGAACAGUAACAGGCUGUCAGAACGUGUUCUGGUGAUUCCUGGUAAAGUGGAGGAAGUGUCCCUACCCGAGCAAGUGGACAUAAUUAUCUCUGAACCCAUGGGCUACAUGCUGUUCAACGAAAGGAUGCUGGAGAGCUAUCUGCAUGCCAAGAAGUUCCUCAAGCCCAACGGCAAAAUGUUUCCCACCAUUGGAGACGUGCACCUCGCCCCUUUCACAGAUGAGCAGCUUUACAUGGAGCAGUUUACAAAGGCCAAUUUCUGGUACCAGCCAUCUUUCCAUGGGGUGGAUCUGUCUGCGCUGAGAGGAGCUGCAGUAGAUGAAUACUUCAGACAGCCGAUUGUGGACACUUUUGAUAUCAGGAUCCUGAUGGCCAAAUCUGUGAAAUAUACAGUGAACUUUUUAGAUGCUAAAGAAGAGGAUCUUUACAAGAUAGAAAUCCCCUUCAAAUUCCACAUGAUGCAUUCAGGGCUUGUUCAUGGGCUGGCUUUCUGGUUUGAUGUCGCAUUCAUUGGAUCAGUGAUGACAGUGUGGCUCUCUACGGCCCCCACAGAACCCCUCACUCACUGGUACCAGGUGCGCUGUCUGCUGCAGUCACCUCUCUUUGCCAAGGCAGGGGACACGAUGUCAGGCACUGCACUUUUAAUCGCCAACAAGAGACAAAGCUAUGACAUUAGUAUUGUUGCUCAAGUAGACCAGACGGGCUCCAAGUCCAGUAAUCUACUUGAUCUCAAGAACCCAUUCUUCCGGUACACGGGCACAACACCCACCCCACCUCCAGGUUCACACUAUUCCUCUCCCUCAGAGAAUAUGUGGAACACUGGGGGAACCUACAGCAUGAGCCAAGGCAUGGCUGUGUCGGGGAUGCCUACAGCCUAUGAUCUCAGCACCGUCAUUGGCGGCAGUGGGACUACAGUGUCCCACAACAAUCUCAUCCCCAUUGGUACAGACACGCAUGCACUGAACACAGGGAUUGUGAAUCACACUCACUCCAGAAUGGGUUCGAUAAUGAGCACCGGAAUCGUCCAGGGGGCUACAACUGCCCAGCAGGGUCCCAGCAGCAGCGGUCCUUAUUACCCAGUCACCAACCAGUUCACCAUGGGUGGCCCGGCUAUCUCCAUGGCAUCUCCUAUGGCCAUCCCCAGCAACACCAUGCACUAUGGGAGCUAAGGCCAAAGGAUGGCCUCUGCAUGUCCAAUUACCCUCCACCUCACCCCACCCCUGCAAACUGACAGCAGCCAAAUUCAGAAUACCAAAUACAGUGCACCAGUCUCUGACCAUCACUUUAUUCUUGCUCUCUCUAUAUAUAGAUAUACAUGUAUACGUAUAUAUAUAUAUAUUCUGAACUGUUUCUUUCACUGGUGUUUUAUUUUACAUAUCCGUCCCGCGGCCCUAUAAUGUCAGCGCGUGCAGGCAUUCAGCCAGUUCAAAACAUCUGAGGUGUAUCAUUGUUACUCUUUCCUCCCACCCCAAACACACACCGCACCUGCUCCACAGUCUGCCACUAGGAGGCAGCACUUGUCUGUAAGCAUGCUGAAAAAGCACAAACCAGAGACUCGAGACUCAACGUAAAGGACUCGUUCGCAAGAACACUGACAAUAGGAGGUUUUUUUUUUUUUUUUUAAUAAAUGCUUCACAGAUGUGCACACAUCUCCCUUAUUUCAUGAACUCCCACUUUUUUUAGAAGCAUAAAUGCCAUCGUUGACUAUUGAAAUGAAUUCAAGAUCUAUUGCAGGAUUUCGCCACUGUUCCUAACAACUCCAGCUCAAUUGUUCCUACACUUUACGUUUCCAGUAAUAUCGACCGGCUGUCACAACUCGAUUCACUGGUGGGCUUUUGAUGGCCAUCUCAACUCACCUACACUCUCAUCACUCUCCUGAAGCAACGGACACUUUCUGUAGAUGCUCACCAAGUUCAUUA